CAAAAUUCAACAAACAAACAAACUUGUCCGUAUACAUAAUAAACCCACUGUCUCAUGUCAUUGAUCCCAACUUGAGACUUGAGAGGGGAAAUUUUCCUCUCUCUUUCUCUCUCUAGCAGUGACCACCGACUUCACUUGAGUGUCCUCACCGGUAUAAUGAUGGGUAGAGCUGUGGUUGUGUUGCUGUGGUGGUGGAUUUGGGCAGCAAAUGCAGAUUACACAAUAUACCAAGAUCCGAAGCAGGCAGUUGGGAGGAGAGUGAAGGACCUCUUAAGCAGGAUGAGUCUCCAAGAAAAGAUCGGCCAAAUGACGCAAAUCGACCGCCUCGUAGCAUCCGCCCAUGUUCUCAACAAGUACUACAUAGGCAGCGUGUUGAGCGGCGGAGGCAGCGUUCCGUCGCGCACGGCGUCGCCGGAGACUUGGGUGGACAUGGUCAACGCCUUCCAGAAGGGCUCGCUCUCGACUCGUCUCAAGAUACCCAUGAUUUAUGGGAUCGACGCCGUGCACGGCCACAACGCCGUUUACAGAGCCACCGUUUUCCCCCAUAACGUCGGCAUUGGAGCUACGAGUGAUCCACAACUGGUGAAGAGGAUUGGAGCGGCGACGGCCCUCGAAGUCAGAGCUACCGGCAUUCCUUAUGUUUUUGCACCAUGCGUUGCGGUUUGCAGAGAUCCGAGAUGGGGACGAUGUUUCGAGAGUUACAGUGAAGAUCCCAAGGUAGUUCGAGAGAUGACACAGAUCAUUCCUGGAUUGCAAGGACAGAUACCUCCCAAUUCUCCUAAGGGUGUUCCCUUUGUCGCUGGGCAGCAGAAAGUGGUGGCUUGUGCAAAGCACUACGUCGGCGACGGUGGAACGACGAGGGGGAUAAACGAGAACAACACGGUGGCGAGCAGGCACGACCUACUGAGCAUUCACAUGGCUCCCUACUACAGCGCCGUCAUCAAAGGCGUCGGCUCCAUCAUGAUCUCCUACACCAGCUGGAAUGGCGUCAAGAUGCAUGCCAACCGCGAUCUCAUCACCGGCUUCCUCAAAAACACUCUGCGUUUUAGAGGAUUUGUCAUCUCGGACUGGCAAGGAAUCGACAGAAUCACUUCGCCGCCGCAUCUCAACUACACGUAUUCCAUCUUGGCCGGUGUUGGCGCUGGAAUCGACAUGAUCAUGGUUCCAUACGAUUACAAAGAAUUCAUCGAUGGCCUUACCUCCUUGGUGAAAAGGAAAUUCAUACCCAUGAGCCGGAUCGACGAUGCAGUGGCGAGGAUUCUAAGAGUUAAGUUCACCAUGGGCCUGUUUGAACACCCUUUGGCCGAUUACAGCAUGGCCAAGUACCUGGGGAGUCAGGAACAUAGGGAGCUGGCAAGGGAAGCUGUAAGAAAAUCUCUCGUCCUUCUCAAGAAUGGUGAGUCUGCAGAUGAGCCAUUGAUCCCACUUCCUAAGAAGGCAGCAAAGAUCCUUGUAGCCGGGACCCACGCCGAUAACAUCGGCUAUCAGUGUGGUGGCUGGACGAUCGAGUGGCAGGGCCUCUCUGGCAACAUCACAGCCGGCACCACGAUCUUGUCUGCAAUCAAGAACACAGUGAGCCCCAAAACAAGAGUUGUGUUUAAAGAGAAUCCGGAUUCUGCAUAUGUGAAGGCGAACAAGUUCUCGUACGCCAUUGUUGUAGUUGGGGAGCCACCGUAUGCAGAGACAUUUGGAGACAGCACCAAUCUGACUCUUCCUGAUCCGGGGCCGAGUAUCAUCAUGAACGUGUGCGCCUCCGUGAGAUGCGUCGUGGUUCUGGUGACCGGGCGCCCCGUCGUGAUCCAGCCGUAUCUUGAUCAUAUGGAUGCUCUUGUGGCCGCUUGGCUUCCCGGAACGGAGGGCCAAGGUGUUGCAGAUGUUCUGUUUGGGGACUAUGGUUUCUCCGGCAAGCUCUCUCGUACGUGGUUCAAGACUGUCGAUCAGCUUCCGAUGAAUGUCGGUGACCGCCAUUACGAUCCGUUGUUCCCUUUUGGGUAUGGACUCACCACACAUCCUGCAAAGGCUAAAUAAACUCUGUGAGAACAUGUAGAUUUUGUUGCCCACUUCCAUUUUUAUCCAGUAGUGAUGAAAUGGAUAAAAAUAAAUAAAGAUUGCCUUGAUUUUUGUCUUUCAA